CUCAUGCCCAAACCCCGAAGCGGAAGCCCCCCGACCCCAAACCUCGCAAGCGACCCCAGUAAUGGCGACCAAGGCGCUAUCCGUCUCCUCGCUCACCUCCACGGCCUUUGCCUCCUUUUCCUUGCCGCGGCCCCGCAGGCCUUCACCUUCGCCUCCCCUCCUCCGCCUUCUCGGUCCUCGCCCCCGCGCCUCCACUCUCUCCGCCGCCGCUCCCGACGACGAGGACGGCGUCGACACCGUGGAGCAGCUCCUCCACCCACGCCCGCCUGAGACCUCAGCCCCCGCCGGAUCCCGCGGCCGGAUCGACCGCCUCAUGAAGCUCCAGCGCCGCGCCGACGGCGACGCCGUGCCCGGGGGGCGGAGGAGGUGGUUCCCUUACCUGGACGCGUUCCGGCCCGCGGCCGGGGGCGCGGAGCUGUCCAGCGGGGAGGUCAUAGAUGUGCUGGAGCCGCACAUCCUAGAGGCGCGGCGGGACCGGAUUCGACAAGCCGUUGGCAACCGGAGCUACGCCGUUUGCCUCGUGGUGGAAGGCCUCUCCGACUUCGGCAACGUCUCGGCCGCGUUCCGCUCCGCGGACGCGCUCGGCGUGCAGUCCGUGCACGUCAUUUCCUGUGAUAGCAGCAAAAGGUAUAGAGACAACAGGCAUGUGAGCAUGGGUGCUGAGAAAUGGCUUGACAUUGAGAUAUGGAACUCACCUGCAGAAUGUUUCAGUGCAUUAAAAAAACGCGGUUAUCGCAUUGCGACCACUUAUUUGGGAACUGAUUCGGUUUGUGUGUAUGAUAUGGAUUGGUCUCAACCAACAGCUAUUGUUGUGGGCAAUGAGCUUAGGGGUAUAAGUGAUGAUGCUCUAGAAUUGUCAGAUUUGCACUGCAGCAUUCCAAUGAAAGGCAUGGUGGAUUCGUUUAAUGUAUCUGUUGCAGCUGGAAUCCUCAUGCACCAUGCUGUUUGUGAUAGAGUUUCCCGCCUGGGCCAUCACGGUGAUCUCUUGCCUGAAGAAAAUAGGAUAUUGCUUGCUGAGUUCUAUCUGCGACACAGAGAAAGCACGGCUACUAUAGUUCAUGAAUAUGCCAAAAUGAAGGCAGGAAAAGUUAUGACCAGACUUUGAAAACAUCCUGAGAAGCUGAGUGACGUGUCUGCCAAUCAAGUCUUGGAUUAUCUGGUGCAUUUUUCUAACAGAAAACGAGGCUAUUUUUUCCUGGAGUUUACCGCUGAUCCCUACCAGAUUGCUGGGAAGACGAGGAUCCAAGCCCAAUCAUUGAGCAGAGCUGUUAACGAUUACGCAUAUGGUUUUCAGUGACGUGGACUUUUGCUCCCAAAACAGUCGCCCGUUAACUAUUUUUGUAUGUUUUUGUUAGGAUGAAAGCUUAAUAUGUUUCCACUUGUUUUUCACAAACGUUGGCGGUGGUUGGGUUUGGGCGGCAACGCUCCAUGUUCUACAGACGGUUACGACCGGAAGCUUGGUGUAACCGUACCAGUAUAACCUGUCCUUGGAGGGUUGAGAGCUUGAGAUGUAAACGAACUGCACUUGUCUACGGCAGGAUGAUGCGUCUGUAACGC